GACGGGUUCCACCAUAACCCCUGAAAUGUUAUUAACCACAGCAGAAUCCUCAACAUUUAGUGCCUCUGAGGUGGCUGGUCGCUUACAAGUCGAUGUACGCUCCGGACUCAAAUGGACCGAAGCUAAAUAUCGCGCUAAAAUUAUUGGUCACAAUGAACUCAAUGUUAUCGAAGAAGAACCUACCUGGAAGAAAUAUGCCGAACAAUUUAAAAAUCCUCUCAUUUUAUUACUAUUGGGUUCAGCGGCCGUUUCGGUAUUUAUGAAACAGUUCGAUGAUGCUGUGAGCAUAACAAUCGCCAUUAUAAUUGUGGUAACAGUAGCUUUUAUACAAGAGUAUAGAUCAGAGAAGAGUUUAGAGGAAUUAAAGAAAUUAGUACCACCCGAGUGUCAUUGUUUGAGAGAGGGUAGGCUGGAAACAUUUCUGGCACGUGAACUGGUGCCGGGAGAUGUGGUGUAUCUGAAUGUGGGCGAUCGAGUGCCGGCCGAUGUAAGGCUCUUCGAUGCCAUUGACUUGUCUAUAGAUGAGUCCAGUUUUACGGGUGAAACUGAACCGGCUAGAAAAUGUACGGAUUUGUUAUUGAAUAAUACAGGGAAUAAAGAUCAUACGAAUAUGAAAAAUAUAGCGUUUAUGGGUACUUUAGUGCGUUGCGGCAAUGGCAAAGGUAUUGUGGUGAGUACCGGUGAAAGAAGCGAGUUUGGUGAAGUCUUCAAAAUGAUGCAAGCCGAAGAGGCACCCAAGACACCUUUACAAAAGUCUAUGGAUAUUUUGGGAGCUCAAUUAAGUUUCUACUCUUUUCUUAUUAUUGGUGUUAUAAUGCUAUUGGGUUGGUUGCAGGGCAAACCCUUAACGGAAAUGUUUAAUAUUUCCGUUUCCCUAGCAGUGGCAGCCAUACCUGAGGGAUUACCCAUAGUGGUGACAGUUACCUUAGCCUUGGGGGUUAUGCGCAUGGCUAAACGCAAUGCUAUUGUUAAAAAACUACCCACAGUGGAAACUUUGGGUUGUGUUAAUGUUAUCUGCUCGGAUAAGACAGGAACAUUGACCAAAAACGAAAUGACGGUGACAGUGAUCAUAACCUCCGAUGCCUAUAUGGCAGAUGUAACUGGAGCGGGCUAUAAUGAUCAGGGUGAAAUACAUAUACGCAAUUGCAAUAACAUAGAAAUGGCUAAAGCUAAUAUAACUAAUCUCUUGGAAAUUGGCGCUGUUUGCAAUAAUGCCUAUAUACAAAAUGGCACCUUAUUGGGACAACCUACCGAAGGUGCUCUCAUUGCAGCUGCCAUGAAAAAUGGCAUGUAUGCUACCGCUGAAAACUAUGUACGUAUACAGGAAUAUCCCUUCUCAUCCGAUCAGAAAAUGAUGGCCGUUAAAUGUAUACACAAGUACAAUAACAAUAAAGAAGAAAUCUAUUUUGCUAAAGGCGCUCUAGAUUAUCUUUUGCCUCAGUGUACCAAAUAUCAAUUUGGCACUCAAACUAUGCCUUUGACUAAACAAAAUGAAGCGGAAUUUUUGGCCGAAGCUUAUGAAAUAGGACGUAAAGGUUUAAGAGUUUUAGCUUUGGCUAAGGGAAAAAAUUUACAAGAUCUUAUAUAUUGCGGUUUGGUGGGCAUAACAGAUCCGCCAAGACCUUUGGUUAGGGAAUCUAUAGAGCUGUUAAUGCAGAGCGGUGUGCGAGUGAAAAUGGUGACUGGAGAUGCUCAAGAGACAGCAAUGGCAAUUGCCAGUCUCAUUGGUAUCGAUACCAUACACCAUCAAACACUCUCGGGUCAAGAAAUGGAUCAAAUGAACGAACAUCAAUUAGACAAAGUCGCCAAUAAUGUGAGUGUAUUCUAUCGUGUAUCACCCAGACAUAAAUUGGCAAUUGUAAAGUCAUUGCAAAGGACUGGAAAUAUAGUGGGCAUGACUGGUGAUGGUGUAAAUGAUGGAGUGGCCUUGAAGAAAGCCGAUAUUGGUAUAGCCAUGGGUAAAAAUGGUACUGAUGUGUGUAAAGAAGCGGCCGACAUGAUAUUGGUCAAUGAUGAUUUUCACACUAUAAUAGCUGCUAUAGAGGAAGGCAAAGCUAUAUUCUAUAAUAUACGCAACUUUGUAAGAUUUCAAUUGAGUACUUCUAUUGCUGCCCUUUCCCUUAUAGCCUUGGCCACCCUAAUGGGCAUAGCUAAUCCUUUAAAUGCCAUGCAGAUACUAUGGAUCAAUAUUAUAAUGGAUGGACCACCAGCCCAAAGUUUAGGUGUGGAACCCGUAGAUCAUGAUGUCUUAAAGCAGAAACCACGUAAUGUUAAACAACCCAUGAUUACCAAAUCGGUGAUAGUUAAUGUUUUACUAAGUGCCAGCAUUAUUAUCUUGGGCACCUUGUGGGUAUUCCAAAGAGAAAUGGUGGAUGGUUCUUUGGGUAAGACAAAGCGUGACACAACUAUGACCUUUACCUGUUUUGUAUUCUUCGAUAUGUUUAAUGCUCUCUCCUGCCGCUCACAAACUAAAAGUGUUUUCACUAUAGGCCUAACUUCUAAUAAAAUGUUCCUAUUGGCUGUGGGCUUUUCCAUAAUUGGCCAAAUGUUGGUCAUCUAUUUCCCCCCUUUACAAAUGGUAUUUCAAACUGAGGCCUUAUCGGCCUAUGAUAUAUUAUUUUUACUCUCGCUUACCUCGUCAGUGCUAAUUGUGGCCGAGAUUAAGAAAUGGUUCGAAAGGACAAUGGAACGUAAAAUGUAUAAAACACGUUCCGAGUUGGAUUUCGUAUGACAAAACGAAAGCGCUGGAAGAUUGUUGAAUAAAAAAUCUAAUUAAAUUUCUUUAGACUAAAAUAAUACAAAUAAAAACAAGUAAUAAAACGUAUUUAAAUAAAAUUUAAACAUAAUUAAACAAUUUUGAGUUCUUGAUAAGAAAAUAGGAGGAGUUUUUUUUUUACAAAACAAAAGAAAAUUUUGAAAAAAAUGAGCGAGCAAGCAAAGGAACAUACGUGAAAGCAAAUGAGUGAGUGAGCAAGCAAGCAGAGAGCAUUUAUUUAAUAAAAAUCUAUUCAGUUCAUUUGUUAAGUUAUUGUUUUUAUAAUAAUUUGUUGUUUUUAUAAAAAGACCAAAUAGUAAAAGAGAUGAAAAACAAACGCAAAAACCCGAGAGAGCAUAAAUUAUGUUUGUUUAAAUGUAAAUUUUUUUUUCUUAUAAAUUCUAUUUGUUUAAAUUUAAUUUAAUGUACUAAUAACUAAUUUAAGGCAAACUUAUUUUAAAACAAAAUUUUCUGGGUUUGCAACAUCUUUGUAAUUUAUUUAUUAAGUUAAUGUGAAAAAAAGAGAGCAAUGUUUUUUUUUAAUAAUUUGCCUUUUUGUUUCUUUGUUUAUUAUACUUAAAUUUAUUUAAUUUUUUUAUUUAUAUUUCUCUUUUUUUCAGUUUUUAAGUUUAAUUUUUAAGUAGACCAUUUUUUGUUUAAUUUAAAUUAUUUGCUUUAAUUAUAAAGAAAGUAAUAAAAAAACCUAAAUUUAAAGGCAGUUUUGUAAUAGCAGUUACUUGACAUUUUAAGAUCUACUUCUUGAGAUUUAUAAAAUCUCGUUUUCUAAAAAUCAUUUUAAGGUUUAUAAUAAAAAUCAACGUUUUCUGGACUUACCUUUUAAAGGGAUUCGGCUUUUUCAUAAAACCUGCAACGAAAGGAAAAUAAAAAAAAUUAAAAAAUAUUUAAAGGAAAAGUUUUUCUAGAAGUUGGUCCAAACUAGAUCUAGUUUUUAUAGAAAACAAUGUUCCGUAGAAGAGCAAGUUUUUAUAGAAAACUUUGGCUCCAUACUAGAGCAAAGUGUAGAGGAAGUUUUUUUUAAGUAAAACUUGCUCUCGACUAGAGGAAGUUUUUGUCGAAAAUGUUACUCUAGAUUACAGGAAGUUUUUAUAGGAAAUGUUGCUCCAGACUAGAGGAUGUUUUUAUAAGAAAUGAGAGGAAGUUUUUAUACGUAAACUUGCUCUGGACUAGAGAAAGUUUUUAUAGAAAAACUUGCUCUAGUCUUGAGGAAGUUUUUAUAGGAAAACUUGCUCUAAACUAGAGGCAGUUUUUAUAGGAAAACUUGGUUAGAGGCUAGAGGCAGUUUUUAUAGGAA